UCUUUCUUUGUCUUUCUCUCUCUCUCCUCCUCCCUCUUUUCCUCUGUCUUUCUCCUACAGAGUGAUACCUCCUGUCACUCAGUCCAAUCUCCGCAUCCGUAGUCCGAGUGACUUCCGGGACAGAUCAGCGCCUCAACGCAGUUGUGGUUUUCCGCGGUUCCGCUGCUCAGCUCCGGUCAUUUCGAUCUGACUCGCCCGCCUCAGCCUCCCGCUACCAGAACCAGAACCAGAACCGGCCGGAGACUCGGAGCGCCGACCGGUCCGCCACGGCUAGCGGGAGGCUAGCGCGAGGCUAGCGCGAGGCUAGCGGGAGGCUAGCCGUGCAGGCAGCAGGCAAAGGUUCGGUCCGGACGGGCAGAAAGGCAGCAUGCUGGGCGGCAGCAGCAGCAAGGCCGGGGAGGUUCCGACCCGGAGUCAGAGUGAAGAACUGCAGGAGAGAGUUUGACAGGUUCUAUGGAGGCCCGGUGGGCCCAUUCCACCUUAAAUAUGCGGAGCUUAAGGUGGAAUCAGCAGUUUUGGUGACGUGGAGCUCGACUCAGGUGUGGCUGGGGAGGGGGGAGGGGAGUGUUGAGGAUGAUGAGGAAGAGGCAGAAGCAGCUGGUCGAGUCCAGACAAUCAAGCAGCCAACAGGAAGUUGAAGUACAUCAGCCUGGCGGUCCUGGUGGUCCAGAACGCCUCGCUCAUCCUCAGCAUCCGCUACGUCCGCACGUUGCCGGGCGACCGCUUCUUCACCACGUCGGCCGUCGUCAUGGCGGAGGUCCUGAAGGUGACGACGUGCCUGAUCAUCGUCCUGCUGCAGAAGAGAUGCGCCCUGAAGGAGACGCUGUGGUUCCUGCUGGACUCGGUCGUCCUGCAGUACCAGGACACGCUGAAGCUGGCCGUGCCGUCGCUCAUCUACACGCUGCAGAACAACCUGCAGUACGUCGCCAUCUCCAACCUGCCGGCCGCCACCUUCCAGGUGACCUACCAGCUGAAGAUCCUCACCACGGCGCUCUUCAGUGUCCUGAUGCUCAGGAAGUCUCUGUCCAGAGUCCAGUGGUUUUCCCUGCUGCUGCUGUUCGCCGGCGUCGCCAUCGUCCAGGUGCAGCAGGAGGGAAAGAAGGAGGCGGCGGUUUCUGACGCCUCCAACCAGAACUAUAUGGUGGGUCUGGUUGCCGUGGUGGUCAGCUGCCUGUCGUCUGGCUUCGCCGGCGUUUAUUUUGAGCGGAUCCUGAAGGGCAGCUCUGCGUCGGUGUGGAUGAGGAACGUGCAGCUGGGCGUCUUCGGCACGGCGCUGGGACUGCUGGGAAUGUGGUGGAAGGACGGCGCCGCCGUGGCCGAGCGCGGCUUCCUGUUCGGCUACACCGGCAUGGUGUGGUGCGUCAUCUGCAACCAGGCGUUCGGCGGCCUGCUGGUGGCCGUGGUGGUGAAGUACGCCGACAACAUCCUGAAGGGCUUCGCCACUUCCUUCUCCAUCGUCGUUUCCACGGUGAUGUCCGUCUACCUGUUUGGCUUCCACGUGGACCUGCUGUUCACCGCAGGGGCGGGGCUCGUCAUCGGCGCCGUCUACAUGUACAGCCUCCCCAAGGCGCCCGGCGGCCUCCCGGACCCCGAACCCUCCUCUUCCUCUGCGUCCGCUGAGCUGCCGAGGAAGGGCGGAGGCGGCGAGAUGGAGGCGUUUCUGCCAAAAGCUCCUUCCCCAGCCGCCAGCGCCACAGACUAAUUCCUGGAAGCUGAGCCGGAAGGAGCUGGAGCGCCCCCUGCUGUUCUCUCUGCCUUAAAACUCUUUGCUAUCUGAAAGAAGCGCCUUACACUGAUUGGGUCCUGCUGGGUAGUUGCUGAUUGGUUGGUCUGUGUGGGGGCGGGGCCGCCUGCAGACUGUACGGUGCCUUUUCCUCUCGUCUGAAGCCAUAGGGUGGCGGUUCUGAUCCCGGCCUGGCGUAGCCCGGUCCGGUCCGAUUGCUCGCUGGGAGUGUGCUCAUUGAUUGGAGCAUUUUUAAUUCUUCAACUAAUCUGUGAUGUUUGUUGUUGGAGGGGGGGUCUGUCUGAAGGCAGGGUCAAGGGUCAUUGUUUCAUUUUUGUCUCCAUUAAGACCUGAUAUGUUCCUGAAAACCUAAGCAGGUCCAGAAGGAUUCACCAGAACCUUCAUGUCAUAACCCAAACCACCAGAAGAUGGCGCUGUCCGAACAUCACAUGUAGAAAAAUAUUCUCUCUAAAAGUCUAAAAAUGAGCUCCAAUCUUUCUGCUGCCGGAUAUUCGGCAUUUUGUGGAAAACCGUCACAUUGUGCCAUGUGGGCGGAGCCAUGUGGGCGGAGCCAUGUGGGCGGAGCCAUGUGGGCGGAGCCAUGUGGGCGGAGACAGGAGUUAAUCUCUGUCCCGCCCACAUCCACAUGUUGUCACCGCCAGGUUUUCCUUUCACAAAGAAAGCAGGAAUAUUGUUCAGCCUCAGUAAAAAGAAAGUACACCCUCACAGUUUUGUCCAGUGGUCCAUUAAACUGAGAUCAGAUGAAAUUUAGUAGAACAGAAAUAAAACCUACAGAGACCAAAUCAUAUCAGAAUUUUAGUUUUCAAAACCAUAAAUAACCCAGAAGUGUUUAUAAGACAGAACCACCGAGAAAGUGUUUCAUUAAAUCUGACUUAAAGGUUCUUUUAUUUCCACACAGGAUCUAGAAAAGGCUGCCGUCUGAUUGGACCAUCCAAAAUGUCUCCAUCCAAUCCGUCUGAGCUUCAAAAGUCUCGUUUCAUUUGGUCUCCAUGGCUUUUUAUAAAGGUCAUAACUUGUUAAAUUCCUUUAAAUCUUUUUGUGGGAUUUAAAUGCUGUUUUCCGGAGUGGUUGGAAUCGGACCUCGGCUCUCCCGGAUCACACGGGUCCAUUUGGAGACACAAACCCAACAGAACUGCGGCGAUUUCACUGGAGGAACGCGUUUCCGUUUUCUUUCUGUUGGGCGAAUGAGGAGGAAGAGGAGCGGUCCGGACUCUUCCUCAUGUUGAUGACAUUUUUUGGGAUUCUGGUGGGAUAACAAGGAUUUUAGGUUUUUGGUUUUUGGUUUUUUUUCCUGAAUCUGAAACUUUUCUUCAUCUUCAAACAGAAGCUUCAGUUUUUCAGCUGUUAAAAGUAUUUGGACCACCUGGAUGAUUCAGAACCAUUUUCUCUCUGAGCCCCAGAGGUGAUGAUGAUGAUGAUGAUGAUGAUGAUAAUGGAGACAGAAGGAAACAGAAUUAAUUCACAUGAAUCUCAAAAGUUUUUUCCAUAAUGUUCAUUUGAAGAACAUUCAGUUUAAAAAAAUCACCAAUUGUCAAAAUAGUCAUUUUCUCCAAACAUGAUUUGAGAAAAAGAAAAGUAAUUUAUAAAUAUGUUUUGACCAAGAAGAGCAAAACGAAUGAAUGAAGUUUUAUUUCUUUUAUUUCUUGAUUUCUGCUUGCUGUGUCUGGUCAUGGCCACCAGGGGGCAGCCUCAUCAGACCCGGUGGAGUUUGGCUCCUUUUUUAAAAUCAUUUUAAAAUUAAUACCUGUCACGUCAUUCAAAGUAAUGACACAUUUUCCAUUAAAUAAAUCUUUUAUAUUUUUGGUCCACAAAAAAAUGCUGAAAAGCCAAAAGUGUAACUAAAAUAUAUUUUCUUUUUGUCUUGCUUUUGCAAUCAUAAUUUAAUAUCAAAUUGAUGAAAUAAAUGUUAUUUCUGAGCAAUAGAAAUGCAAGAGAUAAAUGAAGAAUAUAUAAAAAUGUAAAUUAUAGGUAAAUAUUGAUAUGUUUUAUUUUAUCUGUGCUAAAAAAAGAAAACUUAUAUUUUUCAUGAAAACUUUUUGUUGAAAAAAAUCAUGAGCAUCUGAAGGGAGAAGAAACUGGAACCUUUCUUGUUUUUAUAUUUGAAGAAACUGAGUUGUUUACAGGGUUGUUUUAUUUCUGUGUAAAAUUGAAAUCCCAUGACGUUAUCAAUUCACUUGAUGAUGCAGAGUUUCUGUGUUUGGUGGAAAUCUAGAUUUUCUGAAUCUGAUCUGAACUGACAGCCUGGAGCGCCCCCUGCUGGACGGUUUCAGCUCUGGGUUCCAUGUCCAUUUCCUGUUUUUCUCAAACUGUUGGGACAGUUUGUGUGGUUGCACUUGGUUGUUGGUUUGUAUCACAGCUUGUGAGUUUGUAAAUACUUGUUUUGGUAAAGUUUUAUAAAUCAAACACUAAACUCUGGA